AUGGGUGAGCGAAGUCUCGCGAGAUUUCAACGUGGUUAUAGAACGCGCGAGCCACAGAGGCUUUAUAUAAGCGCGAGCCACAGCGGUUCCUCGGGUUUUUAAGUAACGUCCCACUGAGAAGGAGCCGAAGUACAGCCAAACAUGUCAGCCGGUAAAGCACAAAUUGGAAAACCUGCCCCUGACUUCACGGCCAAGGCGGUGAUGCCCGAUGGCCAGUUCAAGGACCUGAAGUUGUCUGAAUAUCGAGGGAAGUACGUAGUUUUCUUCUUCUACCCUCUGGACUUCACCUUCGUGUGUCCCACUGAGAUCAUCGCCUUCAGUGACGCAGCAGAUGAAUUCAAAAAGAUCAACUGUGAGGUGAUCGGUGCAUCCGUGGACUCGCACUUCUGCCACCUGGCCUGGAUAAACACCCCCAGGAAGCAAGGUGGCCUGGGACACAUGAAGGUCCCUCUGGUGGCCGACACCAAACGAACCAUCUCUGAAGAUUAUGGUGUACUGAAGGAGGAUGAAGGCAUUGCUUACAGAGGCCUCUUCAUCAUUGACGAUAAAGGCAUCCUGAGGCAGAUAACUAUUAACGACCUGCCGGUUGGUCGAUCCAUCGAUGAGACGCUGCGUCUGGUGCAGGCCUUUCAAUUCACCGACAAACACGGAGAAGUGUGUCCAGCUGGAUGGAAGCCCGGAAAGGACACCAUCAAGCCCGAUGUCGCAAAGAGCAAAGAUUUCUUCUCUAAACAAAACUAAACCCAUAAAAUUCUGCAGUGUAGUCUGACAGGCCCCACACUACUGGCACUUGUAUCGCACCUCAGUAAAAAUUACCACUCUGUUAAGCUGAAAAUAAGUGUGUAGGAUUGUAAUUGUUGGUUAUGUCAUGUGACUUUGUGAGAAGUAUGAUGGUCAUGUAGAAGACUACUAUUUUGUAUGUUUACAACUUUUCAUGUUUCCUUUUGUGAAAUAAAAAACGAAAAUAACGCA